AUGACCCACGGUCAGGCCCAGGCUCCAGAUGUCCCCAGCGUACCCGUCAUAACCCGACCCGUAUGUAUCCGGGUCGAACCGCUCCGGGCUCAUGUAGGCGCAGGUGCCCACGGUCCUCUGCAUAACUUUACUCACCCCGAAAUCGGAAAUCUUGACCUCCAUCGCCCGAUUGACGAGUAUGUUGGAGGGCUUGAGGUCGCGGUGUAUGAUUUUGUGAGCGUGGAGGUACUCGAGGCCGCCGAGCACCUGGCGGCAGAUCUGGGCGAGGAGGCGCUCGGUGAAAACGACGUCGUUCUGUUUGAGGAGGGUGUCGAGGGUGCCGGCGUCCAUGUACUCCAUACAGAUGGCGAUGUCGCCGCCGGGGAGCUCUCAACUGCAUUAUCUAUCUCCUCUCAAAACAAAACACCAAUUCCUGAGGAAGUGCUGGCUGACCCUAACCCAGCAGAUAAGGAUAAAGCAGCUCUGAUGGAACUAGAAAACACUGAACCUUCCACACUCAUAACAAGGAAAUCCACUGGCCCUACAAAAACAUGGAAAAGAUUGGGAAGCAAGUCUGGCAGACUACUCAGGGAACCUGUCAUACCAAUUGUUUGUGGAAGGUUGAGGAAGCAGAUUGUACACUGGAGAACUCGGCUAGCCAAAAAUUUUGAAAAGUCCAGAGAUUUUGGGCCUUCCAAAUCCACCACAGCAAGAAGCAAUGUUCUGAAUUCUGUGGUCUGA